AUGUACGGCACGAUCGUCUUUUGUUUGCUCGCUGCCAGCACCACCCUGGCACUGCCCAACCCCGAGUCGCGGGAAGGGCCAGCGAACAUGGAGCCAGUGGAGGCCGCCAGGAACCUUGGAAAGGAUUGCUCCGGCGGCAUAUUCAGCGCGACAUGUCUCAAGAUCGAGGCGAUAUCCAUCCUGGAGAAGCUGUCCGCGAAGGAGGAGAUCCAGCUGCUGCCCGGCGUGAGUGUGGUCAAGGAGGAGUUGAAGGAGAACGCGAGCAAGGCCGAGGAGUUUGCGGCGGAGCUGGCGCGCGCGCUGCCGUCGAAGCCGGACGAGCGGCUGGACAAGUACCUGCUGUACAGGCUGGGCAACUAUCUGGACACGCACUCGGUGAAGCUGAGGCUUUUGGACGACAGCACCACGGAGGAGGCCCGCGCUCUGAUGGGAGAGGCGAGGGGCAAGGGCGGGCUCGGCGGUGGCAAGAAGGGUGGCAUGGGGGGACUCCUGGCGGCCGCUCUGAUGAUGAAAGGAACUAUGCUUUCCAUGGGAAUGGGUGGACUCGCUUUGUUGGCUGGUAAGGCAUUGAUGACAGCCUUGAUGUCGCUACUGCUGUCGGCCAUCGUCGGGCUCAAGUCUCUGUCCGGAGGGCAAAAAUCUACGACGUACGAGAUCGUCUCGAAGCCGGUGUACACCCACUCUCACUCUCACUCCACCGCCCACGAAGAUGUGGGGGGCUACGGGCAUUCAGGGUAUGGCAGGAGUCUGAAGGCUAGGAGACGC